AUGGAGUUCCCUAAUCUUAUGCAUCACUGCUUUAAAGUUUUCAGCGACUUAAAUCGUGUCCGCAAAUUGCUGGCUGGAGGAUUGGAUCCCAAUCACCAGACUUACGGUGGUACAACACCAUUCCAUUGGGCAUGCAUGAAUCCCGCUCCCAACAUUGAAGUGGUUAGAUGCUUGAUUCAAGCCGGUGCUGAUAUAAAUUUGGAAAAUCACAUGGGUUAUACACCUUUACAUUUCGCAGUAAUUCAACGGAAACGUUUAGUUGCCAAAGAAUUGAUUGAGCAAGGAGCUUUAAUCAAUGCUCAGAAUUAUCUUGGAAUGUCAGCCUUGCAUUUUGCCGUCUCCGAUUUCGCCUUGUUUGGAACGCCAAUUCUAGAUCGCACACAUCUUGAUAUAUGGAUCGUAAAAAUGCUAUUAAAACAUCAAUAUAUAAAUCGCGAUCUAAUAAAUUCAAAUGGAGACACCCCACUUAUGCUCUCUGUCAAAGAUUAUCAUAUAGAAUCUGCUGUGCAGUUGUUGCGAUCUAAAGCAAAUCAAAAUAUAUGCAAUAAGGAUUUCCAAACGCCUUUGCAUGUGGCAUUAACCCAUCCGCCAAGUGAUAUUGAGAUUGAACUUCUGAUCUGUGGUGCCAACCUUUAUGCAGUAGAUAGACAUGGCAUCACUCCUUUAGAUAUUCUAAUGAAGUUUACCUUGGAUGAUGAGAAUGAGGAAUGGAUUCACAAGCCUGUGGUAGAUCGAUUAGCAGAAGACAUUUACCCCGAUUAUUUUGUUGAAAUCUUAUACCUGGUUUGCGAAUUAUUUGCUAGAGAAAUGAAUACCAAGCACUAUUUUUACGGUGGUACAGCGCCGUUCCGUUGGGCAUGUAUGAGUCCCGCUCACAGCAUUGAAGUGGUUAGAUGCAUGAUUCAAGCCGGUGCUGAUAUAAAUUUGGCAAAUCACUUAGGUUAUGCUCCUUUACAUUUCGCAGUAAUUCAAUGGAAACGUUUAGUUGCCAAAGAAUUUAUUGAGCAUGGUGCUUUAAUCAAUGCUCAGAAUUAUCCUGUGACAUCGGCAUUGCAUUUUGCCGUCUCUGACUGCUCAUUGUUUGUAACACCGAUUCUAGAUCGCAAACCAUUUGAUAUAUGGAUCGACAAAAAACUAUUAAAACAUCCAUGUAUAGAUCACGAUCUAUUGAAUUCAAAUGGAGUCACCCCACUAAUUUUUUCCUGCAAAGGUUAUCAUGUGGAAUAUGCAGUUCAGAUGUUGCAUUCAGAAGCAAAUCCAAACAUAUGGAAUAAGGAUUUCAAAAUUUCUUUACAUGUGACGUUGAUCCAUCCGCCUAGUUCUAUUGAGGUUGGAGUUCUGUACAAUGGUGCCAAUAUUUAA